AGAAAGAAACAAUAGGCGGAGAGUUCAUUGUUUAGUUUACCGCCUCAUCAUGAGGUAAUGAGUAUUGUCGCGCAUUCAUAGCAACCAAUGAAAACAGCUCGUUCGGAGCAUCGAUGAAUAUUAAUAAGCGUCAUGACAUACCUAUACACUUUUUCGAACUGUAAGUAAAUGUCCCGAGAACAAUAGGCAUUCUACGCCAUGCUUCCGAAUUACGAGCAGACCUAGUAGGUUUCUUAAAUUUCAAAUGCACCUCUGUUGGGCAGUUCUAAGAAAAUCAAGAAGCGUUGCACGACCUUACAAGACCCUCAUAGACUGAGACAUCGCUCUAACUGCUUGAUUCUUUACUGGGCCAUUCGAAGUUUGCACAUACACAGGCCUAGUUAAGAACAGAGCUAGGUUUUCCUUGAAAAAAGAAUAUUUUACUGUUAAGACUUCCUGUAAUUCUGUCAGUUGUCUUAGAGAGCAACGGGAAGACGCUGUUGAAGCGAUUCAAUUACACCGGAAUUAGUUCCAUGUGUGGCAAGAUAUCAAGACGGUCACCCUUUAGCAGUCCUACGUUUUUAUUGUUUUGUUAUUUUUCUCUGCAAUCAUCAUUGAAUGGAAACCUAAUGCCACGCGUCAUUUUACGCGGUAUUUUACGUGUUUCACUCGCGAUCUAGCACCACUACAGAAAUAACCAAGCUAAUGUACAAUAACCGUAAGAAUCGCUAAGCCGCAAUGAGCUGACACAAAGCCAGAGGACGCAAAAAAACAUUGUCAUGCCAUGCCCACGUGAUAUUUUCUCAAACAAGAAGCUAAUUCCGGUGUAACAUAAUCGUUGUAACUUUCCGGUUGCUCUGUGAGAAAAGUGAAAAAGAAAACAGCAGGACUUAAACAGUUUGUUCGAGAUAUAAAGAUAUAAAAGCUCUUGACGAUCCAAAACUUAAUCAGUUUGAUUGCUCCUAUUCGGGAGUAAACGGCGCCUUCUAGCCUUUGUCAGUGCUGAUCUCAGGGACAUACGGUUAAAGUUACUGUUGAAUAAAAUGUCAGGGGCAUUACAAGCCCCCUUCCUAUUGAGUAUCGGCAUCGCCCUGGUGACAAGCUUAGCCGCGUUGGAGCUGCCUUAUGAAGUCCUAGACUCCAUAGUGGAGCUGAGCGACACUGAUCAGGACUUCACAGACCUCACCCGCGUGAACGUAUCUGAUGACCUGGGUCCCACCCGUCCCAUCUAUCGCCUGGACCUUGAACCAGAUUUUAUAGCCUACUACGAAAUUGACAUCGGAAGUGACUACGUAGUACUCUCUUCCGGUAAAAAAACUGGAGAUUAUCGAGAAGUGGAGAGUGGCCCGGAUCCAAGACCAACUGAUGUGCUCAUACAGCAGGCUCAGGACAAUGGUCAGCGGUGCGCCAAGUUUUAUCGCUUGUCACCAAUGGGAUUGACGGUUUGUAAGAAUGACAAUGGAACUGUUGUGGCAGCGAAUUACAACUGGACGGCUACUACUCCCCAGAUUAAAGAUUGGCGAGAGCUGGAUCAGAUGGUGAAUCAAAGUCUUAAGGACUUUAAACAGCAGUGGCGACAAAGGUCUUUACAGAGGCGGUCGCGGUCAGACUGGGCAACCACAGACGUGGAUCCUAGAGGAGGAGGAAAGAAGAAAACGGGCAUUAACGAGGAAGCCCUUUUUCCUGGCUCCGUUAUGAAACUUGCUCUAGGUGAACGCUUCAGAUCUGUUGGCGUCUAUAUAAGAAACAUUGGUAAUUCACGCAUGCACCACAGUUCAAGAUCCGAGUGGCAGCAGAGACUCUGUAAGGUGCUUGUCGACGUGUGCAAGCCAGAGGGAAGUACCAAGGUAAAUCCAAUUGCUAUAAUGGAGACACCCAAUCAUCUCUCAUACCUGAAGCUUGAGGUGCGGGGUAACCGGACACUGGUGGGAAAUAUCUUAGAGUGGCGUGAAAUCGGAUUUGUCGUGGAAAUUAAAGGACGUAAAAACGAAGUGAUAAAGAAACAUUUUGCGAUAAAUUUGCAGUCCAAACGAUCCAGACGCUCCAUAACUACAGGAUCGAUUCCGGCUGAAUACAACUUUCCUGACUAUGACCAGCACGAUUGUUGCGGUUGUAAGAGUGGAUGCAGUCCUGUGGCCUGGGCUCAAGUGUUUGGAUACUUCGACAGACGUGCAAGGUUCGUCCCCGAUUUUUUUAGUCCAACAAUAUACGGCGAUAAGUACACUGUCGCUCCGUUAUACCUGACGUAUGACGUAAAGCGCUUUGUAGAGGACAUACGAGAUGAGGUUGAAACUUUCUGUAGUAAUGGUGAAGGCGCCACUCAACGUUCCAAAAUGCACUACAUUGCGCCGUGGUUUCGAGCGCGCCAAGGAUCCAGAUCAAGGGUUGCUACUUAUGUCGAGAAACGCAAAAAACGGAGCACUAAAAGCAGUGGAGGAUUCAUUCAACGAGGAGGCUCAUCUUGGAUUGCAUCCAAAGCUGUCUAUUACUUAAAAUACGGCUACCCUGUCAUUCUGAGCAUUACACUAGAAGGUGGAGGCCAUGCGGUCGUCGCCACGAAAUACAAGCAAAGGUCCAGAAGUGAGCGUCAGUGUGACACUACGAAGACUGGAUGGUGGUGGGGAGAGAGGACCAAAGAAAACUGCUACUGGAAGACAGUCUACGAUAACGAGUUCUUCUUACAUUAUGGUUGGGGAGGAUAUAGCAACAAGUGGCAAGAAGUAGGUGUAAAGGGUGCUUACUGCGCUUAUAUUACAUAGAAAUAAGUCUUCUUAGAUACAACGCACAUUUAAUUGAAGAUGUAUUUUUAUUAUUGCUGACAGGCGUAGACGUCUUUGUACUCUGUUUAUGACACUUAGCAGAAAAAUUGUAUACCUUUUUUGAGUUUAUGAAUUUUAUUCGAGACCCUGGUAUUUUUAAAAAAUUUUUAAAUUGAAGUUUUCGGACUUUGUGCAAUGUAAAACAUUAUCUUGGGGUGACUUGUGUCACAAACUGGACACCUAAAUUGAACAGUUUAGAUGAUUUACACACCUCAGAUGUUUGAAUCCUGAAGCUUGAAUACUUUGCUAAAGCGCUCCCUCCCCUCUCACCCUCUAAGCUAUCGAACGUAACAAAACCCUAAGCUAUAUGGCGUCAAUGUAAUUGUACUUUUUGCAUCAGUGCAACACAAUUAAGAAAGAGUAAACGCAUUGGCUAAUCAUCAACAUUCUCAUGAGUCGAAAUAAAUUCAGCAAAUUAAGUUCGCACGCAAGUAACGCAUCAUUUUUUGUCAACUGUGCCUUUUAGUACGAAGAAGAAAGGAGGAAGCGCAAUGGCAUGAAUUCCUCAUAGAGGUUUUGUUCUUACAGUUGUUUUUAGAUCACUCUCAGUUUCAGAUAUGUUACCUAAGCCUCGAAAUAGCCAAUCGCGUGGUCCAGAUUUGCACAAUACGUGCGUGGACAAUCUAAUAGUCUCUACAUGCAUUUCCAUGUUUUUAAGUGUUGUUUCACAGCAUUUCCGUUUUGAGCACCGAACGUUCCGGGCUCGAGAAUGCCGCCGGUGCAAGAGAAGUUUAACCGUUUCUGUGCUUUUGCGCACUCUCUGUAUCCAGGCACCGGUAUGUACUUCGCUCCGGCCUCAGUAGGGGCUCAGCAUUAAUUUGGGUCAACCUUAACGGUAAUUUAAAUUUGCCUCGUGUCAGAAUGUUUUAUGGGCGCUUUAAGUGUCAUCGAGACUCUUACAGCAGAACAUAAAUUUCUAUGAUCAGCGAAAUAGUUUUAGCUUGUAGCGAAAUAAUGAUGAGAGAAUCGAAUGAUCUUUUUUUCUACUUAAGUGUCAUGACACUUAUAGUACACCAGACAAAAUUACUCGGUUCUGAUUGGUUGACAGCAAUACGGUUAAUACCAAGUUGUACUCCAUGGAGAGUCAGUCACAUUUGCACUACAAAAAAUCCCGACAUCCGCUUUGUUGUGCUUCAAUGACUAAAAGAAAAUGAAACAACGAUGACAAAAAGAAAUUGCCUUAGUAAGACUCUCCUUUUUUUAUAAUUUUGUCUGGUGUAAUAUAAUUAGAAAAUCGCAGGACCAUCCCGUACAAAUCAUGGUUAUUAGAUACCGUGGAAAAAGGCGAACGUAGAUGAGAAUUUUCAAAACGUUACGCACGCAUAACAAAUUAGAAUUGUUCGUAUGUUCCUGUCAAUAAUAAUAUCUUGUAUCGUUAUAAGAGACUUAAGAUAUAAAAGCAAUUGCGACUGAGUUUCGAGUUUAUGAUAACUUCAGGUGAAGUUUGAAAACUCAAAGUUCCUCGUUCCUUUCUCUGCACCAUCAGAUCCCCAGAGAGUCAAGUGCUCAGCAUAUAAUUUCUCCUUCCAAUGAUAACAUUAAAUCGAGCAAGUGGUUCAUGAGUAUAAAAACAUCCAUCGCAAGGGUAAAUGUUUGAUUCUCUUUACCCAAAUAUAGGAAAUGUAUGUAGCAUACCAAGGACAAAUUGUAUGUGAACACAAGGCCUUUGGGGUUAAAUCACGUUUUUAUCUUUUACAAAGCAUAAAUGCUGAAAUAGAUGUAUCCUUGCUUUAGUGUGACGAAUAAUUAAUUCUAUGUGCUAGGUCCGUAAAGUCAAAUACAUGUGUAUCUCUGAUGUUCUUCUAAUACAUCCUGCGAGACAGAGAUGACCUUCUCUUUCUGCUCACAAGGCAGUGAGCAGAAGUAGAAGGGAAUUUAUUUCGACGUUCAGAGUACUCCCUUUACGGCCAGUGAAGGCACCUUUUUAGUUAGUUAGUUAGUUAGUUAGUUAAUUACAUACAUGUAUUUGUCAAAGGGAAAUCAGUGGAAUUUAUUAAAUUAAAUUGAAUAAAAUACUAGGUCGCAAGAACUGGCAAGAAACUUUCAGUAUCUCAAUAGUCUAAAUCAGUUGAUGGCAGUAGUUUGCAAUACAUUACAAAAAAAUGGAAGUAAAGGAUAAGGCGUUUAAAAUUUAGCUGCUUGUAAUCACAAAACUGUAAAAUAUCUCGGACAUGUUAAGUCCAAUAAACAUGCAUGAGAA